CAACAUGGCGGCUGGCGUCAUCAGAAACUUCCUCCUUCAGGCCCCGAUUCCAUCUUACUUUCCUCUGAUUUUCCAGCACUCUCCAUGUACGGAAGAUGAAGAUGUGGAGAUGCUGGAGGAAAAGCCAGAGUUGAGGGAAGAUGAGGAGGAAAGAGAGAUGGAGGAGGAGGACGAAGAGGACGAAGAUGAAGAAUCUGAAGCUCAGGAGGAAGAGGAGGAAUGUUUGGAGGAGGUUUUCUUGAAUCCUGCCCACUUCUCUUUGGAUGUGACCAAGCAGCUGCUCAGGUUUGCAGAUCUCAUCAGCCGGGACGUCCAGCGGUACUUCGGUCGCUGCUCAGGUGAUCAGGAAGCUUGUGACAUCUACAGCGACUCGGUGUCCGUGAAAACCAGCGGUCGUCUGCGUUACUAUGACGACCUGCUGAAAAUUGCAAGAGCUGGAAGUCCAGAGGAGCCAGAGAACAGCUUGAAGACUUGUGCUGAGGAUCGAGGAGACGGGGUUGCUAAGGGCAGCGGUCUGGGGCCCCUGGCUGAACUGUUCAAGCACAAGGGCCCGAGUCAGGUCCGCUGCAGACCCAUGGUCCAGAGACAUCUCCCUCUCAGUUUCUGGACCGAGCCGAGCCCCUGCUGCUCUAUGGUCAGUUUCAGUAACUCACCUGACCUGACGCACACAAACAGUGACACACCUUCACAGGACAACACAGACGCUAACACACACAUGCAAUACGACCCGCUCACACACCACAACACACACACCCUCGACAGCACGCAGCUGGACUUCAGCGACCUGCUGGCCAACUGGGAUGCCAACCCGGAGCUCACACACACACUGACAGAGAACACACACACACUGACAGAGAACACACACACACUGACAGAGAACACACACAUGCAGCAUUGAACACAACAGCCUGCUGGGACUGAAAAAAACUCUAUUUAUGUUCAUUUCAACUUUGAUAUUUACUUGUAAAAUGUUUAAUAAAAAAAAAAAUCAAUAUGUGUUGUGCGCAGUAUAUCUUAUAUGUAUGUGUUUGAAAAUGCGCCAUAUUAGGUAAAUGGUUA